UUUUUCUUUAUUCCUUAAAACCCCAAUUUAUUUUAAAAUUCUAAAAUAGAGUAAUACAGCUAGCCAGUGAGUCUUUGUUCAGUAAUGUGAUAGUUGUUAUUGCCACUAUAAAUACAUGGGGUUUGCUAUUCCAUUCUCAGCAGCACUAUAAAUAUACACAAUACAUAUAUAUAUCGAAAAUAUGUCGUCGACGACGCCACUGAUAAUCGGAAGAGUGAUCGGAGAUGUGGUGGAUAACUUCUCGGCGACGGUGAAAAUGUCGGUGACGUACAACUCCAACAAGCAUGUGUACAAUGGGCACGAGCUCUUCCCUUCCCUAGUCGCCUCCAAACCUAGGGUUGAGGUUCAUGGUGGCGAUAUGAGAUCAUUCUUCACCCUCAUCAUGACAGACCCUGAUGUUCCUGGUCCUAGUGAUCCCUAUCUCAGGGAACACCUGCACUGGAUAGUGACAGAUAUCCCAGGCACCACCGAUUCGUCAUUCGGGAAAGAAGUGGUGAGCUACGAAAUGCCUCGUCCGAACAUAGGAAUCCACAGGUUUGUAUUCUUGCUGUUCAAACAGAAGAAGAGAGACGGAAUUAAGGCACCGGUUUGCAAAGACGGAUUCAAUACGAGGAAAUUUGCAGAGGAUAAUGAGUUGGGGCUUCCAGUUGCCGCCGUCUUCUUCAACUGCCAGCGCGAAACUGCCAACAGAAGGCGCUAGCCUACCUACCCAUUACAUUAUAUUAUUAAUUAAAUUAAAUAAAUUAAUUCCUCUCUACUGCUCCACUUUCUUGUAUUCUUCGUGCUACCUACCUACCUAGCUCCUUCAUUUUAUGUACUCAUGUAAAUUACUCAUCUUUGCAUAAAUCAUAAAUCAAAAUAUCAUGGAAAAUAAAA